AUGGAUCCGCAGCCAGAGCCAGUCUACUACAUCUGUGGAGAUUGUGGGAUGGAGAUUCCCUUGAAGCCAAACGAUGUGAUUCAAUGCCGUGAAUGCGGCUACCGUAUCUUAUACAAGAAGCGCACUCGUCGCAUUGUUCAGUAUGAGGCACGCUGA